AUUCCUAAACUGGUUAAACGUGGAAGCGCCUGACCUCAGUGUGUGGUGACUGCAGCACCCGACCCUUUGCAUUUGGUACGGUGAAGAGCUGGCCGCGCAGAGCGUGCACGGUAGCGGGCUCCUCCCCUCGCUGCAGACUCAGGAAGGUGGCUGUGUAUCUUACAGCGGUCCAAUUUGACAGACCCUUGCUCCGAAAAAAAAUACAUAUAUUGCACAGUAGGAACACGACACAACGCCAGACCAAAACAAGUAAUCAAUCGGCCUUUGUUCUCUGCACAGAGGGGAAGCCACGGUUGGAAAUAUGGGUAACCGAGACGAUGAAUACGAUUUCUUGUUCAAAGUGGUCCUGAUCGGUGACUCCGGGGUGGGAAAGAGUAACCUGCUUUCCCGAUUCACACGCAACGAGUUCAACCUGGAGAGUAAGAGCACCAUCGGGGUGGAGUUCGCCACCCGCAGCAUCCAGGUGGAUGGCAAGACGAUAAAGGCUCAGAUCUGGGACACAGCCGGGCAGGAGCGCUACCGAGCCAUCACAUCGGCGUACUACCGGGGUGCGGUGGGCGCUCUGCUGGUCUAUGACAUCGCCAAACACCUGACCUACGAGAACGUGGAGCGCUGGCUGAAAGAGCUGCGGGACCACGCAGACAACAACAUCGUCAUCAUGCUGGUGGGCAACAAGAGCGACCUGCGGCACCUGAGGGCUGUGCCCACCGACGAGGCCCGCGCCUUUGCAGAAAAGAAUACUUUAUCAUUUAUUGAAACCUCUGCCCUGGACUCGACCAAUGUGGAGGAGGCGUUCAAAAAUAUCCUGACAGAGAUUUACCGGAUUGUAUCGCAGAAGCAGAUCACUGACCGAUCGGCGCACGACGAGUCUCCUGGCAACAACGUGGUGGACAUCAGCGUUCCGCCCACCACAGACAGCCAGAGACCCAACAAACUGCAGUGCUGCCAGAACCUGUGACCCCCUCCCCCUCCCCCUCCGCUUCGUGCUGUUCGUGCUGCUGUCCCGUAUUCCCUGUGAUUUCACUGGAGUUUUUCUGUUCAUGUACUUUUUCAAUGUUGUCCCGUUACUUCAUUUUAUAGAUCUAUGUUCUGCCUUCUGUUGUUAGCCCCUAUAUCUACACUUGGGGGAAGUUAAUACAGUCUACAGUGCCUAGAGCAGCUGUGAGGUCCACCACACGUGUGAAACGACACCUGCAGUUUCUCUGAACCCCCACUAGUAGGCACUCCUUGUAACAUCAUCUAGAGUAGCCCAGACUGUGACAAGCUGAGACCGCUUAGGCUACACGCAAUUCCUGUGAUGCCAAGGCACGAAGAUAGGGGUGCAGCACUGCAGUGAAGCAAGAAGGGCGAUUUGAAUGAACUGUUGUGGUGUUCUGUAACCACAAAGAGGGUUAGGAAAGCAUGGAUGGCUUGCGCCUCUUGCUGUGUAGGUUUGCAUUUUAAAUUGAUUCCCUCUUUUCGCCCCCUAGUGAAAAUGGUAGUGCUCCUCCCAGCCACUGCUAAGAAUUUAUUAUAGGUAGCAUGUUAUUAUUAACCAGUGCACAGUAAGGUGAGGAGACAGUUUAGGGCUUUGUCAAGUGAAACAAAUAUAGAAAAAAAGUUGUGCCACCUGAGCUCCGAGAUGCUCAGAAAGACAUAGUAGGGUCUAUUUUAUUGAUCUAAACAGAUUUUAAUACAGUUCAAUAUAGACGCCAUAUUAGUUUAGUAAUGGGCAAUUUGUUGACCCCCUUAUUAAGCACUAUUUGAUCAAUAUUCAGGUGUAGAAAACCUGUACACGUUAUUGUUUUUUUACAGUUGGAUGUACGCGGUGAACACAGCAAGACUAGUCACAUGAUAACAUAACCAAAACCAACAUGCUCAACCUUUUAGGUUAAAAGUCUGCAAAUAUUUGUAAGUUUUUACAUUUAAAAUGCAUAUUUACUCUUAACUGUUUUUUCUUGCAUGCUCUGGUUCUCUUAAAGGACUGGAAUGCAGACACGAACCCCCGGUUCAAAACUGGGUAUAAAAUGGGCUUUAAUACCGACUCCAGCUAAGCAAUAAAACAGCAAACUUACAAGCAGUAUAGUAUGGUGGUAAAAUUGAAAAAGUCUUCUUGAAAUCAAGAUUAAAUACAAAACAAAAAGUGUGUAAUAUAACUUCUAAAAUCAAGAUUUUAAUGGCGUCCCUAUUUAGACUAUUUUAAUAGAGUACAUUCUGUUGAUGGUGCGUUAGCACACACUAGUGGGUAAUCACAGUGAACUGCUGGGACCUUGUGUUAAGAGCGCUCUGAACCCAGCACUAAUUGAAACUAACGAAGAAGCACUCUUACUCCAUCGGAGGGAAUCCCGGUUUAACGAAGCGUCUAGAUCUACUCAAACGAGCACUGCUCUCUCCUGAUAGAGGUGAACAAACAAAGCCAGUAAUAAACAUUGUUUAAAAACUUA